GAAGAAGGUGGCGGGUGAGCCCUCGACGUCGGCGCUCAUCAUCUGCCGCACGAGGCGGUGCUGACAGCGGCAUUGUAGACACUGGCGCUACAUCUCGUCCUUCCACGGCCCGUGGCUGCAGCUCCCGCCCGAAGUGCUGGAGUCGCUCGCGCACAGCAACUACCUCUCUCCGCGCCCGCACCCCAUCGACCCCGCCGUCUUCUACGACCUGGUCAAGAUCCGCAAGGCCGUCGACGAGGCGACCAACCUCGCCGUGCGCGCGACGAGCGGCCUCACCGCCGCCGCCCUCAGCAGCUCGCUGAACGCGGGCAAUGGCAUGCUGGGGAGUGCCGCCGCGCUGGGCAUUGGCUACGGCGGCGGCAGCGGCAAUGCGAAGCUGAGCAGAGAGCGCAAGCACCGCAUGCGCGAGCUGGCGACGGCAAAGCUGAGCCAAGCAUACCACCUGGACGAGAUCGCAGCGAGCGUGGCCACGAUGCAGUCGGCGUCGACGCUGGAGGACGUCGCGCACCUUGUGCUGCAGCGGAAUCCCACCGACGUCGACGCGAAAUACGUUCACUUCUUCCACGAGAAGAUACCGUCGCGCAUGAUGGCCCAGUGCACACCGCUGGAUACGCUGAACGAAAUCAUCUCUGAACGGCCGAACGACGGGUCGCCGCUACGCACCCGGGCUCUGACGCGGAUAUUCAAAGAGGACUACGUCAACUCUGCGAGGGACCUGUCGGAGGCACUUGUAACGGCACGAUAUAUGUUGGCCCAGCAUCGAGCGGGCAAGGACCAGUUGAUCUUGGCCAAGUCUAUGCAGGAGCAGUACGGUCGCGAUUGGAGGCAGGAAGUCAAGAUAGCCGAAGAAGACCAACCGAAUUCUCUCGAAACUCAGCUCUUGUUCCAUCGUGCUGGUGUCUAUUUCACCAUAGCAUGUCAGCACGUUCACGCUGCCCUGGCCGGGCUAAAGGAAGCGGAAGAAGCGAAGGCGAAAAGGGAGGCCCAGGUUGCAGCGGGAGACGAACCAUCACCUGAAUCGCCACAAGAGGCAGAAGCAACUUCCCACCGUCUUGAAGCCCGCAAGCAAGUUCGAACGAAUGCGAAGCGCGCACUGCGAGACUACACCGCCUUCCUCUCCCACUUUGACUACACACCCGGCAUCUCCGCUGAGGUCGCCGAAGAAUUUCUGCGCCGCCUCGGAAGUGCGGCCAACGGCUCCUACUCAAAGGAGGGUCAAAAGCCCUCUCUACACCGCCUCUUCGAAUCGUCUACAACUUCUGCGUCUGUCUCCGAAGCGCUGGUGCCCCACCGCCGGUCCCUUGGCCAUCCCAAUGACCGGCCCUCUUGGCCCAAGCUGCCACCACCCGAGAUCUUCAAAGUCUCGCAACUCUUCGAGCCGGCUCCGCCAGCUUCACUCCCUCCUUAUCCUCAGCCGGCUCCAAGGAGUCCCGCCGAAUCAGCAGCCUCCGCAGCCGCAACCGCCUUCGCUGAUUCCCAUGAGAGCAUCACCUACCACCCCCUACUGACGGAUGCCCUACACUCCCUCUUGCUCUGCCAUGCACUCAUCCAGACUCCUCCCAAAGAGCUUCAACGCCAUGCCCACAACGCCGCCCGCAUCGCCCGCGUCUGUGACGGCUAUCCCAUUUUCCUCGCCGCACGCUCCCCCGCCCGCGCAGACUGGAUCGAAGUUCUUCGCCGCGCCGGAAACUGGAUCAAUCUCUCCAUGUCUUGGGAGAAUCUCUGCCGCCCCGCCCCACUCCCCGGCCACGGCAAAGGCUCCCCCGACUGCUCGUCCAAGAACGGCCAAGGAAGACAAGAAACAGAAAGCCAGAAGCGCGAGCGCCAGAAACACGAAGCGAUCCUUGAAGCCCUGGCCGAUGAGCGAGUGGUGGACGAAGAGUCCUUCCAGCGCGCCGUCCGCGCGCGGGAGCGCCGCUUCCGCGAAGACGAGGAAGCCGACCAACGCACUCGUGCGCACUCGAAUGGCUCUUCGCCUUCGCCCGGUCCCUCCACCGCUAACGGCGGAGCCGGCGUGCCCAGCAGCCCGACUUCUCCUGCGCCGGCGCCUAAGCGGUGGGCGCAAGACGAUGGGCGCGAGUACCCCAUCUCGACGGAGCGUGCCGAGGCGAUUUCACGCUGGGUGCGCGAGGCGCCCAGUGUUGUUGAGGGCACGGGCGGCAAGAAGAGGAAGGCCAGGAUGAAGGGAAAAAAGGCGAGUCUGCUCCAGGGGGAAAGUACGGGGUUGGAGGGCAGCGUGGAAACUUUGAGUUUGCAUGAGGAGGAGUUAGAGUAGGUAUCAAGUGAGGCCAUUGGAAAGAGGUGCUACGAGUUUCGGCCUAUUUUGGAUUUGUAGUCGUGGGUUGGCUGUUGUGGAGAUGGGCUUUGGCCCAUUUUAGAAACAUUGGAUACUGUAUGGUGUAGGCAGUCCCGUUCAAUGAAUGCCAUUGCCUUCGACUC